CAGUCCUGGGCCGGAACCCCAGACCCAGUGCAUGGUUCUGGCACCUUCCCCAAUGCUCGACCGGGGGGCCCAGACUGGCUCAACCCUCCGGGUGACCGUCCCAGGAAACCAACCGAAAACCACCCCUCCUCACGUGUCGCCUUCCGGCCCACCUCAGCCACACCGCCCUCGUUAAGGGCAAACAGGUCAAAGGAAGUUCAGAUCCCAGCACAGUGGCUGGGGGCCAAGGCGGGCCCCGGGAGUGACCCACUUUUGUCCAGGAGGGUGAACCUACCCCCGGGCGACUCCUUUAGCAGUGCAGGCCAAGGAAUAAACCAGCUGAGCAGGUUGAGUACAGCCAACCCUGCAGAAAGCUUGCAGACCGCCAACAGACUGACCAAUGAAGUGGCCGGGCCCUCCACAAGCUUUAGGGAGACCAGGAAGUGCCCCUCACUCUCGAGUCAAGGGGAUGUUCUUGAAGCGGGCAGCCCAAAAUUGGGGCAGGAAUGGCAGGCUCCAGAAAACCGUCUCACCAUGAUGAACAUCCCUGUGGACUGUGUCCCGGAAGUGAGCCCUUCGUCAGGCGCUGAUCAACACCAUGCCCUCUCCGUGCAGAAAGAGGAGUCGGGAGGCAGAGAGAGGGCCCCUGUUGGGUCCCCUGCCCUCCCCUCCCGACUAAAUCGGUUCAACAUGUGCCCCGCAGAUGUGGCCUCUCCCCUGAAAGACCCCCGCCGACAGAGGGCUACUCUCCGGGAUACUGACUCCCCCACUCUCCACCACCGCCAGCUCCCGCAGUACACUGGAGAGAACUGGUCGCCUAGCCCAGUGCACAAGCUGGUGAUGAAGGAUAGCCCGGAACCUUCCGUCAAGCUCUACGUGGAACAGCGGGGUGGGGUUCCCGACGUGGAGGCUCCAGUGAGCUGGACGUCCCGUCAGCAGUGGGGGGGUGUCCCAGGAUGGGGUGGCGACAGCCCCAAGGUGGGUGAGCAGGCUGAGGGGUGCAUGGGUGGUGCCCCCAAUGUCCUGCUGCAGAAAGAGGCAGAGCUCCGAACCAGGGAGGCUCUCUUACUGGGUCCCGUUAUGCUGGAACACCCCCAGGGGCAGGAUGCACGGGACGAGCAGCAGUCUAGCCUGGCCCCGGGAGGUUGGACUGUCCUACUGAAAGCUGAUGAGGAGGAGCAGCAGCCUGGGUGCUCCCCAAACAGUAGAGGAGACCGAGGCUGCACCUCACCGGAGUCCACCGUGUCCAGUCACAGGAGCUAUGAGAUGGGACACACUACAUCUGGGAUACAGUCGGACAGCGGCCUCUCCUCCAUGGGCCCCUCCCUACACUCCCAGAAAAUUGCCCGUGCCAAAUGGGAGUUCCUUUUUGGGACAUCUGGAGACAAUGCCAGCACAGGGAGUAAAGAUAACCCCGAUGCUUCUACGACACCCCCUAGUGGUACUUCCAGUGAGUCUCCAACUCCAACGCCCCCUACUUCUCUGCCCCUGGAGGGUCAGAGGUCAGCGAACCAUGAUGUUCAGGACGUGGAGGUGGAGCUUGUGACCCCUCCACCAAUGGCGGCCGGGGCGUCGCCCAAGACUGGCAUCAUCCGCCGCACCAUCAAGUACUCCGAGACGGACCUCGACGCAGUGCCGCUGCGCUGUUACCGGGAGACGGACAUCGACGAGGUGCUGGCAGACCAGGACGAGGCCGACUCGGCGUUCGGGAGCAACCGCAGUGUGCCCGGCACGCCAGGCAGCAGCCCUCUAGGAGGGACUCAGUAUGAACGCAUGGACGCUGAGGAGGAUGAGGACGAUGAGGAUGAGGAGGAGGAGGAAGAUGAGGAUGAGGAGGAAGGGGAAGGAGAGGUGCUGAGCUGGUCCACUGUGAGGAGGCAGGGGGAUAGGAAGAGGUACCGCAACCCUCGGGACGAGAGUGAGGCCUUCAGUGUGCUGCUAAAGAGGCCUCUAGACGGGCUCUUCCACUGCCACCCAGCCCUCAAGUCCCCCAUCCUGGUGUCGGGCCCCCGGCUGGCCGCAGAGGACACAUUCAGCCGCCAUUUUGAAAGCAUCAUGGAGUCUCACCGUGCCAAGGGCACGUCCUACAGCAGCCUGGACAGCGAGGACCUGCUGACCUCUAGUGGCCAGUCCGUCCUCACCUUCGACCUGCCCACCCUCACUCCCGAGGUGCAGUGCCAGACCUACCAGAGCGCCCGGGAGAUCGUGGGGCUCAGCUUCGCCCCGCUGGCCCGCAGGGAGACCCCCAGCGGCUCGGAGGACACCCUCGCCGCGCUGGACUCCGACGCCACCCGUGCCCCGUCCAGCGAGCGGCUGAGCACGUGCUCCGAAGACACGCCCUCCUGGGGGUGGUACAGCGCCCUCUCUCCCAGAGAGAGGCCCCCCCGCGCUGCGGUGGACUCGGACCUGGAUCGCGACCUCAGUGAGCUGCUGGGCCUGGGAAGCACUGACACCCUGACCAAUGGCAGCAAGGCUGACCUGGAGGCUGCUAAACGAUUGGCCAAACGUCUCUACACCCGGGAUGGCUUCAGGAAGUCGGAUGUAGCCAAACAGCUGUGCAAGAACAAUGACUUCAGCCGCAUAGUCGCUGAGGAGUAUCUCCGCUUCUUCCACUUCAGAGGCAUGACCCUGGACCAGGGGCUACGGACCUUCCUGACAGAGUUCGCCCUGAUGGGGGAGACACAGGAGCGAGAGCGGGUGCUGGCUCACUUCUCCAGGAGGUACAUCCACUGCAACCCCAGCUCUGUACUGUCUGAAGACAGUGUCCACACCCUGACUUGUGCCCUGAUGCUGCUGAACACGGAUCUCCAUGGUUACCAGAACACUGGCAAGAGGAUGUCCUACCUGCAGUUCAUCGGGAACCUGGAGGGGUUGAAUGAUGGGCAAGACUUCCCUAAGGAUCUGCUGAAGGCACUAUACAACUCCAUUAAGAAUGAGAAGCUGCAGUGGACAAUCGACGAGGAGGAGCUACGCAAGUCGUUCUCGGAGCUGGCGGACGGGCGAGCCGACUCCGCGUCCCGCAGCAUGAAGCGGGUGGACAGCGGAGGGAACGUCUUCACGGGCGUGUCCUCGCAGUCCGGCACCCUGGUCUACAAGGCCGGCUUCCUGGUCCGCAAAGUCCACGCCGAUUCUGACGGAAAGAGAACACCAAGGGGAAAGAGAGGAUGGAAGACCUUUUAUGCUGUGCUGAAGGGACUGAUUCUCUACCUACAGAAGGGCGAGUUCAGACCGGAGAAGCAGCUCUCAGACGAGGACCUGAAGAACGCCGUGUCCAUCCACCACUCCCUGGCCAUGCGGGCGGCCGACUACAGCAAGAGGCCCAAUGUCUUCUACCUGCGCACCGCCGACUGGAGAGUUUACCUCUUCCAGGCCCCGAAUGCGGAACAGAUGCAGUCCUGGAUCACCCGCAUCAACACUGUGGCCGCCUUGUUUUCGGCCCCGCCCUUCCCUGCUGCCAUCGGCUCCCAGAAGAAGUUCAGUCGGCCGCUGCUGCCCGGAACCAGGUCUAAACUCUCCGAGGAGGAGCAAGUGCAGUCCCACGAGGCACGCUUCCGCUCCACCUCUUCGGAGCUGGCCGAGCUGCGCUCUUACCCCCCGGACCGCAAGGUCAAAGGUCGCGAGCUUGAGGAGUACCGUCAGCGAGACGAAUACCUGGAGUUUGAAAAGACGCGCUAUGGGACGUACGCCAUGCUGCUGAGGGCUAAGAUCCGCUGCGGGGAGGAUGACCUUUCUGUCCUGGAGUCUCAGAUCCUGGAGGACAGCGAGCUGCAGCGGGCCGACUCCAGCCCCACGUUGGACUGCGACAGCAGCCUGGCAAGCAACUCCAAGGCCAGCAGCAAGCGCAACGAGGGCCAGAGACACAGCUACAGGCAGGCCGUCAAGAAGUGAGGCAGACCGGCGGGGUGGGGGGGGAGAGCUGUCGUCUCCCUGCUGGGAUUUUUGGUUUGAGGUCCGAGAGGUGGGAUGGGAUGGGGGCCCGGGGAUGUUCGCGUAGAUGUCCCUCCCCACCUCCCCCACCUCCGUCUCCCGAGUCUCCUCGGCCAAUGGGAGAGAGGUGGAGGUCACGUGACUGGCGGGCGUCAGCGGUGCAGAUGUGGCCGUUGGGCGGGAAGAGGGCCAGAGGUGUCAGGGGGGUGUAGCUUUUGUCAGGAGGCGCUCGCGAGCAGGGGACACUUCUGAUUGGACGUUCGCUCCCACAUACAGCAGAAAAAAACGGCUUCUCAUUUCUCAACACAACACAUUUCUCUCAUCAGACAACCCCUCACCUCUCCUUCUACCAUGCCAGGCUCCCAUACUACAUAUGACACACAUUUAAGGAUAUAAUAUCCUUAAAUCCUUAAAAGCGGAUCUUAAGUAUAUAUAUAUUUUUCAUUUCAAAUGUAAAGAACAAUAAAGUCCUUAUUCAAAUGAAAGAAACACAAAACAAUCACUGCCUUGGAGUAGGUAUCUGAACAUGGUAGAUUGUUUAUGCUCGUUCCUCAGCAGGCCUUGCUGUUCACUCUCAUGUUUUCGUUUCGACAGUGGGGUCCGUUUGAAGGGUGCCAGGGACUGAGUGUCCUCGCUGUCUUGCCUGCAGUGGCUAGGGGGGGUCCUCUUGUUUAUUCCGGCAACAAAGCAGACCGCUGGUGUAUCAGAAAGGCAGGAGGACCACAACGCAUUUCUACCUGAUGGAAUUGAGCCCGGGUAGAGGGAAAAUCUGACAGGGAGGGUUUCCGCUGGACAGGUGUUGAGCUACGGGAUCGGCUGGUGGACUGACGCAGGCUCCUGCAUGCGCGGCCGCCAUUUCCCUGCCUCCUUCCUUCUCUUCUUUUUAAUCUGCCCCCCCGAGGGAUAGAAGUGCUCUGUCUCAUCAGGGGGGGGGACUGUGUCAUGUGACAUGGCGGGCAAUGAUGAACAGACCUGCUUUAUUUUUCUCUCCUUUGCCGCGAGAGAGCUGUUUUUAACCUUUUAACUGUCUCAUUUUUGAUUUCUUUCUUAAAGCAUAAUUGCUCGAGCUUCUGUGUUCUGCUGUGUGCUUUUGACUUGUAAUACUGGAUAUAUGCUUUUAUUCCUGGCUGGGUAAUGUCAUCUAAACCGAUUGGCUUGCUUGCUUUGAUGUCUGAUGCUUUUUGUUUAGUUAUUUUUUUUAAAGCUUUUUACCCCCUUGCUUUUUAGAAAAAAAGAACAAUGAGGAAUUCUGUACUCGGUGGCUUUGUUGUUUAUUUCUUUUUAUUUAUGCUUAUGUGACAGCGCUGUCCCUUGGGGUAAUCUGUUUUUUUUCUAAAAGAAAUGUGUGUGUGUGCGUGUGCCUGUGCCUGUGCAUGUGCGUGUGAGUGCCUGUGCAUGUGCGUGCGUGUGCGUGUGUGCCUGUGCAUGUGUGUGUGCAUGUAUGUGUGCGUGCGUGUCCUGUGCGUGUGUGUGCGUGCAUAUGUGUGUGUAUGCGUGCGUGCCUGUGCCUGUGUGUGCGUGUGUGCCUGUGCCUGUGCGUGUGUGUGUGUGUAUGCGUCCAUGCACAUGUAUGCGUGCGUUUUCUUUCCUUGUUUAUGCAGCCUGUCCUAACACUCACCAGGCAGAACCUGAAUGUCUUGUUCAAUCCGUUCAGCAGUUUGUUCUUGUUUGUGUUGUGAAGUGUGAUCUUUGAAGUAGGUUUUUUUAGAAUCCUUGUCAUGUUCUUUCAGUCGGGAGAGGGGCGAUCAAGUAUUAAAUGUAUUUUUUAUUUACAUUCUGUACCCUCAUAUAAAGGAAGACAAAGGCAGCUGUCUGUGCACCUGUCAACCACUAAUUUACAGACAUAUACAUUCUUUUAAAUCAGUUUCCAGGCCCUUUUCUCUGGACAUGCUUGCAAAUGUAGUUGUUUUGAAAUAAUAUACACUUUAAUAUCUUUGUGGUGAUGCCCUUAGCAGGAUUUUAUUUUGUAUGUGAAUAUCAAAGGAAAUGUGUCACACUAUUUACCCAUUAGAAAGAAAUGUCUGUUAUUUUGAAUAUUUCUAUUCUGUUUUUUCCUGUUGCACAAGAACUACAUCACCUCAGUAAGCAGAGAGGUGGUUGGGCAAACACUAGGUGAUAAGGUGAUUCAAACUGAUAUUGGUGAAUGUAAAGCCAAAUUAAAUUAAAUUAGUGCAGUAAAGCCAUUAUUGAGAAAAUAAUACUUUAAUGCCGGGUUAAAUCACCUUGCUACCUGUGCGCCCUGCCAAUCAGUGGCAAUCAAAUGUUCAGCCCCCUCCCCAAACAAUAAAUGAUAACACAGAAAUAUUCAAAAUCCACAGACAGUAUUUUUCUAGGAACAUUCCGUUUAAAUAGAAUGAUGUUUAUUUUGGAUGUGCAGUGUCAUUUUUGUUGUUGAUACUGCAUUUUUCUUCCAUCUUUCACUUUAACAUGAAAACAGUAUAUGCUUUUCCUUCAACAUAAUUUAGCCCUUUAAAGGUAUCCAAUGAUGUGAAUCUGAUAACAAUAUAAAUCUUUAUUGCACAGCUUUACGUGUGCAAGAGCAGAGUCUACCAUUCUCGAAUAUCACAUAUCUAAGUGUUCUGAACAAUGAGAAAUUAAUGAGAUGUUAUCAUUUUGAAAUAUGACUGUGGUGUUGUUUAUUUGAAGAUGUAUUUAUGAAUGUAAAAAAGAAUAUCCAAUAAUAUGUAAGCCUACUCAACGCGGGUGUUGUAUAGUCCCCACAAUGAGCUAUCGAAGCCAUGCACUACUCAGGCUCUUACUGUUUAAUCAUGAAAUCAUGUGCAGUAAUGCCAGCAUUCUACCAGCAGAGAGCGCUGUUCUGUGGGACAUUCAAACAGCCUCAGCCAUACACUGCACAGCUCUGCACUGCACAAGUUUGGGCUAAUCCACUAAUUGAGCUGGAACUACGCGAAUUGCAGCUUAUUGGCCAUUGAUGAGGAGUUGUUUGCAUCAUGCUGUUCAAUGCAUCUCAGUACCAGUGCGUAACAUUUAUGUUGGGAGGAUUUGUGCGGGUGAGUGGGUGUUUUGUGUACGUGUGCAUCAUGACUACUGAAAGUCUUACUUGUACUUUUUUCUUGUGAAAUAGUCCAGGAAUGUAAUCGAUUUUAUUUAGCCUUUUUUUUCUGGGUGGAAAAACGUAUCCACUCAUUCAGUCCAGGACAUGGGGUUUACUUGGAAAUUCAACGCAGUAGCUAUUGUACACUUGUUUCAUUAGCUAAACGUAUCUAAUGCUACAUUAGGUAGAACAACAGCACUCCAGACUUCUGAAAAAAAGAAAAGAAAAAAGAAUAGAGGUAUGGAGGAUGACCCAGAGGGCUGAUCCAGAGUGCCCCUUUCACCAAUUUUUCAGUCCUCCUCUCCUUUGUUAUCCUUCCUUUCUCUCCUAUUUGCAUCCCUCCUUGCAGUUUUACUUCCCCCCAAUCAAUCUUUUUCAAACCCAUCUUCUCUGCCCACACACCCAAGAUAUCUGUCUCUCUUUGCUGUGCAUGGUGGCCACUUGGUCUGGAAAAAAGGCUCUAGAACUGAUGCAGUAUUUCCUGUCAAUAUAGACAUAUUAACGCAUUUACUUUGAGCCCAUGUACAGUAUUGUAGAGCAUGCUUAUGCUAUUACUGCUGUGGGAAGUACUAUGUCUAUGAUUACUAUGAUUGUAUUAUGCGUAAUGAGUAUUAUUUCUAAGGGCCCAUUAAUUUAGAAAGAAAGGAACGCUAUGUAAUCACACAACACACUCGUGUCUAACUUUGACAUGAUUUCAAUAUUAGUGGAUUGUAGGAAAAUGUAUUUAGAAAUGUAUUGUACCCCACGGGGGAAAGUGUUCUGUACAUUGUACAGUACCAAGCACACGGGCCACCUUUAUAAGUCUGAGUCAUAAAUGUGCUUGGCUACUUAGGAUCAUAGGAUCUCUCUGAAUGAACAUUUCUGAAAAGCGCUGUCUGCCGAAUACAUUUAAUCCUAGAAAAGUCUGCCGUGUAUUUUGUCCUACUGUCUGUCCGUCUGUCUCGUGGGAGGGAGAGGAUGUGGCUAGGGACCGUGCGUUUCGUCUUUCACGCCACCCACGCCGUAACAUCACAGAGCAGUUGCAGGAUCUUCUCGCCACUCGUCUCCGUGGAAACCUUCCGAUCACAUUUGCCGUGCGCUCAAAUGCUCACAACCAGUAAAAUAUAAUUUUUUCCCCUCGGUCUGCACUGAAUUUAAGUAAAUUUAAGUAAAUGUAAAUAUAGCACAAGAUGUAUCGUAGUCUCCUUUCCAUUGUCAUGUUUUGUGUGUUUUCAGCUAAACAGGUUAAUGAUAUAUUUUUCGGUCCAUAUGUUAACCAUUUCUUGAAUGAUAUUGUAUUUGAAUGCUGCUUUAUAUACAGGUGUUCUGCAGAAAAUGCUCUGACAACGCACUCGAAACUGUCAAGUAGGGUUGGUUUUUUUCCUCAGUGUUUUUAGAUCGCUACGAAUGUGGCUUCAUUGAGCGGUUUUUACGCGGUUUGUUGGACUCACUUUAGCUGUACACUUGUCGACAGCCUGUACAAUUUAAACUAUCUGAAAAAAGUGUUUGUAUAUGAGCUUUUUUGGAGGCACAAAGGGAAAAAAUAAACAAGCUUUUGAAAAAGAAACAA